UUUCUCAGGCUAUGAAGUUGGGUGCCCAAGUGCUACCUACUUAUAGAGCAUUCUCCUUGGAGGAUUUAAAAGAAGCAACCAAGAACUUUGAAAGUUCAUCAUAUAUAGGCGAGGGCACAGCUGGAAAGCUUUACAAGGGGAGGCUAGAAAAUGGAACAUUUGUUGCUAUAAGAUGUUUGGUAUUGUCUCGAAAACAUUCAAUAAGGAACUUAAAGUUAAGGUUGGACUUACUUUCAAAGCUUCGCCAUCCACAUUUGGUUUGCCUCUUAGGACAUUGCAUCGAUGGUGGGGCAGAUGAUUGUAGUGUUGAUAGGGUCUUUCUUGUUUAUGAAUAUGUACAAAAUGGAAAUUUUCGCUCUCACUUAUCAGAGCGCAGUAUGGAGAAAGUUUUGAAGUGGCAAGAAAGAUUGGGAGUUCUCAUCGGCAUAGCUAAGGCAGUACACUUCCUUCACACUGGAGUAAUUCCUGGUUUCUACAAUAAUCAACUGAAGUCGCAUAACAUUUUGCUAGAUGAAUAUCUUGUAGCAAAAGUGAGUGACUAUGGCUUGUCGAUCAUUACAGAAGAAAUUCACAAAAAUGAGGCCAGGGCUGAUGGGCAGAGAGCCAUCCAAAGCAUGUCUAAAGCAUCGGAAGGAUUAUGCUUGGAGGAUGAUGUGUAUUCAUUUGGUUUAAUCUUACUUGAAGCACUUAUUGGAUUACGAAGGUCUGAAAAAGGAGGAGCAUUUCUCCCAUAUGAAAUGGUAUGUCAAAAUACGAAUUUUAUUGAAAUAAAGGAUGAAAGAUCUGGUUUUCCAACAAUUGAAGGAAUCAUAAUAUUCAAAGACAGCUAUUAUAGAACACCUUAUGAUGAGGACAUCAGAUUUCGACAUGUGUAUUGUCGUCGGAGACGUAGAUUGACAGCUACGAUCCAGAGCCUAUACUUUUGA